GUGCAUUUUUUGAAAGAGUAAUUUUGAAAUGUUCUCAGAACGUAUCUGUUAACCAACAAAUCAACUGAUUCAAGGAGCCAACCUGUAACAAUCAAGCUGCACAUGGCCGCUAUGUGAAACACCAUCCACAAUGGGGAGCUUUCCUUCUACACCUUCAUCUAGUAAACGCUUUCAAGCCAGUCCUCCAAUUCCCCAGCGAUUCGAAAUCAUUCAAUACCUGGGAGAAGGCGGCUCCGCAGUCGUGCUCAAAUGCUUUGACACCUACACACAGCAAGAUGUUGCCGUGAAGUUUGCCAAAGGGAAAUACAAAUUGAAGCAUGAGGCAGAAAUGAUGAGAUAUCUCAUGAGGCACAAGUUGGAUCAGAAGAACAUUAUAAAGUUUCACCAAAGCUUCAGCACAAACUCCUGUCUGGUGUUUGAAAUGUGUGACAUCAAUCUAAAAGACUACAUUAAACUAAGACAUCCAUUGAAAUUACAAGAGAUUAGAACAGUUAUCCAGCAGUUGGCCACAGCUUUAGAGGGACUGAAGAAUGUUCAAAUCAUCCACAGUGACCUCAAAACAAACAACAUCAUGGUGGUGGAUCAAAGGAAGAAACCACUGCAGGUCAAGCUGAUUGACUUUGGCUUGGCUCUCCGCACCAAACAAAAUAAUCAAACAAUCAAUCAAUGUCUUUUUUACAAAGCUCCUGAACUCAUUCUCGGGCUCCCAUAUUCUACAGCUUUGGACAUCUGGUCACUGGGGUGUGUAAUGGGAAAGAUGCUUUUAAACUGUGUAAUUUUCCCAGGGAGGAGUGAAUAUGAAAAUCUGCGCUACUACACUGAUGUUCUGGGGCCAGCACCAGACCAUCUUGUUGACGCCAGCAGAAAAUCAGAAGAUUUUUUUAAAAAGUCAAACUCUAACCAGUGGAUACUGAAGACACCUGUGGAAUACUGGGGAGAGGAACACCAUAAACACAGAAGGUCCUUCAACUUUCGCUUUUUGCAUCAAGCUAAAAUGAGUCACCUGAAGUAUGAAAAACUGGCUGCAACAGAAGAGAGGAGGGAAUGCAUAGCACUGAUGAGGGCAAUGCUUCAGUGGGAUGCAGAGAAGAGGAUUACUCCCAAAGGCAUCCUGCGCCAUUCCUUUAUUGUCAGGAAAAGCGACAGUCCUCGCUCUCGCAGCCCUCCCCCUGAAUCCAACACUGCAUCCAAGCAGGAACCUUGCACCAGCAAGGCAGAUGGUUGUUCCACAACCACGGCUCAACCUAAAAUCGCAAGUCAAAAUGUGAAAGAUGUCAAGGGAACGAGAAGUACAUAUGACAUUUCACAUCAGUCAAAACAUUCUGACAAGAAACUGCCUCCACGGCCAAGCAUAAACCAGCCAUCUUGUGAGCAGUUGAGCAAGCCUUCAACUGUAGAAAACAGACUUCUCUCACAGAAGAGAGAUGGUGAGAAACCCGCAGCGAGCACAACUUUAGAGCCUACCAUCAAAAAGAAAGCGUCGCACCCUCCUGCUAUUGUGGAAUCUGCCAUAACUAGGAAAAAGUACAGCCCGAACACUCGUCCGCACAGCAAGUCAAAACAGAGGAAUUUUUUUGAGAACAUUUGUCUUUGUUGGAGACAGGGCUAAAAGCUAACAUUGGUUGCUAUUUAAAAUGUGUGUGGUGGUAUUAAAGAGCUUAACUGAAAACAACAAUGUCCAGGUUUACUAAAUCAACAGGAUAUGAGACAAAACACUGCUACAAACAGAAAUUGCCAGCCUAUGUUCAGUACUGAUAAUGUAAUCAAAUAGUGUAAAUUCUUGGUUCCAAUGUUAA